AUGGAUCCCUCUGCCGUGGGCCACGCGGGCCCCCUUUGCUUGGAGAACCCCUUGCUUCAUGCCUCCUCUCCUGUUUCCUUCACUCUCCAAAGUCUGGAGGAAUCCCGGGCCCGUCUCUUGCAGCCCAUCGCUCCUUCUGCGGCAUGGCUCGCUUCCCUGAAACCGCCAAAUGCCCAAAGCCAGGCCUUGUCUGCUCUGAGCUUCUCGGAUUGCAGGGGGCCCAGCUGGGUCCCUGAGCAGACGGUUCUGGGUGCGGCCGAUGCCAUCGGUUCUACACGUGAAGAUGGCCUCUGGCAAGCAGAUCGUGUCCAGAUAGAAACUUCAGAGGAUGGUGACAUUACUGAGAAGACGGUGAUUCCAGGAACUGUCUCGAAGCAAAGCAAAUCCAUGGCUUCACUUCCUGCAGCUGAUGCCAAGACAUCUCUGUUGUAUACUACUUCCUUUAAACUGAAUCCUCUCUGGUUGGAGAAUCUGUUCCUGAAGGAAACCAUCCCUGCUUCUCUCACUCUUCAGGGGCUGGAGGAGUCCAGAGCUCGCUUGCUGUGCCCUGUUGCAUCCUUUGCCCCACAGUGGUCCUUGGUGAAACUUUCAGAUACACAAUUCCAGCUGGGACCACUGAAUACCUGUGGCACCCUGGUUUCUGAGGGCAGUGGUACCCGGAAUGAGGCUGUCAUACCCCACUGUGCACUGGAGCAGUUGCAACUCACACUUACUACUCUGCACCAUGGGGCUCCUAACCUGGGCAAUGCUAAUUUCACUUUGACUUUGGCUAAAAGUUUGUGCAUUUUCUCAUCUUUGCAGGUGGAGGGAGACGGGGACAAGAUAGACUCAGCUGGCAGGAUGCCUGAGUACACCCUAACAAUUCCCGAGGAUGUGAUGAAGGAACAGCCAAAUGAGAGCGACUCCUCUGGCCACGAGAUGACAGUGGACAGCCAAGAGCAGGAUGUGAGAGUGCACAAGGUUGCUUUGUAUGCUCGCCAGGAGCUGAACAUCCGCAGCACAGCCAACUUUCUCCUGGUGUUGUCUUCCCGCCUCCUGGCCUGCCGCCCACAUCUGCGCCGCUAUUUCUGCCAUGCAGUGCAGCUGCCGUCCGACUGGAUGGAGGUGGCUCGGCUUCAUCAGAGUUUAGCUAAGACAGGAGAAGCUCUGGCACCUUUGCCUUCCUGCCUCCGCGCUGCAAUGACCGACAAGUAGCAGUUUGAUGCAUACCAAUUGGCCAAAUACAACACUCGGAAGAGCCGUGGGAAAAAAUCUCACCGGCCGAAGACCGAGAAGAAGGACCGAAACGAGUGGAAAACGCACCCGUUGGGUCGUGACAGGAACCUCGUGCACCGGCUGGAAGCUCUACAAGAAAUGUUUGACAAGCCCUUGAAAUUGGCGACGGCAGGCCCCGGCCAUCUUUUCUCUCUCAAGGCUUUGAUACAGCGCCUUCAUAUUUCUGAGCCGGCCCAGCAUGUCAUGAGUCUCCUGGGGCGCAGGUACCCCUCAGACCUGCACACCUUCUCCCGAAGUCGCCUUCCGGGGCCCUGGGACUCAACACUCGCUGGCACCCGCAUGAGACUUCCGAAACCGCACACUUGGGACCGGGAGCUGAGCCAACGGGGGAACAAUGCUAAAGCCUGGGAAGAAUUGAUUGAUGCUGGGAAUCUGCCUUUCAUGGCCAUGUUGCGUAACCUUCGCAACAUCCUGCGGGCCGGGGUGAGCGAAAGGCACCACCGACGCCUGCUGAAUCGUCUGGAGAACAAGGAUGCCGUGAUACGCAGCAGGCAGCUCCCGUUUCGAUUCCUUGCUGCCUACAAGGCCAUCGAGCAAUUGGAAAAAGAGCUUAAGUACAAAGAGGAGCCGUUCCCUUCCAACGGAGACUUCAUCAAAAAGAUCCUGAAGAAGUAUAAGCUACAGCUCUCGGGAUCGCUGAGGACUUCCUGGACCCGUCGGCAAUUACGCCGCUGCAUGGAAGUCCCGGUUAUGUUCCAGUUGGUGAAGAUUGAGAAGAAGAAACUUCUGAAGAUCAGAGAAGUGAAUUACAGCCAUGCCAUCCUGCAGCGGUACCGGCAGGCAUUGGAAACUGCCAUCAGCUUUGCUGUGCGGCACAACGUGCCCCCGAUCCCUGGCCGCACCCUCAUCCUGAUCUCUUGCGACUCACAAAUGGACGUUCCUUACAUGCGGGCCCGGGAUCUCUGCUGCCCCAGCGCUGAACGGAAAGGAUACAGCAACCCCCUGACGAAACUGGACAUGGCCUUUUUGCUGGGCUCCAUGGUGUACUCCGCCUGUGAGCAGGCCCAGGUCAUCCUCUGCGACCAGUCGUUUGUUAGGGGACCUGUCGCCAUGACUGGGGCUGUGCUAAAGGAUGUGCAUCACCUGCAAACUCAGAGGAAACAAGACGAGAGUGAACACAUUCGUGCCAGUGACGUCAUCAUGGACCUCAUUUCUCGACAACAGAAGGUGGACACCAUUCUGUUGCUGAGCGACACGCCCGAGGAGAGACCCCGUGGCUCGUGCCUCUGGCUGUAUCGCCAUCACGUGGCGCCCCGCUGCCUCUUCGUCAACGUCUGCAGCAGUGUCCCAUCGUCGAGGACUUUUGGUUCCACCACGGAAGUAGUGAUGAGUGGAUUCAAUGAGCAGGUCCUCCGGUUCAUGGCCGAAUGUGGCGGCUCCCGGUUCCUGGAGCACGUUGGGAAGGUUGACAAGAUCCACGGCCUCCCUGAGCCACGAGGGGCAGUGACGGCAAAACCAGAAGCAGGAGUCGAACCCUUGAUAUCGGCGCCCCGAAGCAGGUGGCGCUCCAUCAAGGUCUUUGUCUCCUCCACCUUCCGGGACAUGCACGGCGAACGCGACCUGCUCGUCCGCUCCGUCUUCCCUGAAUUGCGAGCACGGGCGGCCCCAUUCUGCCUGGCGAUAGAGGACGUUGACCUGCGUUGGGGGAUCACCGAACAUGAGGUCCAGAGAAACAAGCAGCUGGAACUCUGCUUGUCCGAAGUCGCGCGAAGUCACCUGUUCAUCGGGCUCCUCGGUGAGCGGUACGGCCACGUCCCUAGGGAGUAUUCGUUACCGGAUGAACCCCAGUACGAGUGGGUCAAGUCAUACCCGGCAGGACGCUCCAUCACAGAGCUGGAGGCUGUUCAGUUCCUGAAUGGUUGCAAAGACCCUUCAGUCAGGCCCAGGGCCUUCUUCUAUCUCCGAGAACCAGACUUCCUUGGUUCCGUACCUGAAGCGAGGAGGGCAGAUUUCGCAGCUGAGUCAGAGGAGGCGAAGGACCGGAUGGCGGAUCUGAAGGAGCGUCUUGAAAAUCACGAGGGGCUGGCUUCUCUUGGCAGGUAUACAUGCCAAUGGGGCGGAGUAGCCCGAGGCCGGCCGUAUGUCAAAGGUCUCGAGGAAUUUGGAGCCAGAGUUUUGCGGGAUAUGUGGGAAAGUCUCUCUCACCACUUUAUACAGGGAGACGGCUCCAUGCCUGACGGUGAGUUGGAGGAGCCGGAAGAAAGCAUCUUGCAGGAAUCUUUCCAGGAGCUGCAGCAGAAGAGAUUCUGUGCCCGGGCAAAGCUUCUCCAUGCAACAGCUGCCCAGUUGCGCGGAGGCGGACUCUGCGUCGUGAGUGGAGAAUGUGGUCAAGGGAAGACCGUCUUCUUGGCAGCCCUGGCCCAGGAGCUCAGAGCGAAGGCCCCACGCCACGGAGAUCCCGCUCCCUCAUACCACGUCGUGGCUCACUUCACGAGGGCCCGGCCCGAUCAGGCCAAUGCCCAGGUCGCGUUGAGGCAGCUUUGUGCCCUGUUGAGGAAGCUGGUGAAGGAGCCCCCCACCCCGCCCACAAGCUACAGGGGGCUGGUGGGCCAGUUCAACUCCCUCCUCCAUUCCGUGGCCCAGUCGCUGAAGCGUCGGCAGUCUCUGGUGGUGCUGGUUGACGGCGCUGACCUCAUCCAUGCGGCCGGUGGGCAGCUGGUCUCCGACUGGCUGCCUGAAAAGCUGCCCCAGCGUGUCAGCCUCAUCCUCAGCGUCUCUGAGGAAUCGCCACUCCUCAGAUCUCUCAAGCGACGGAAGGACAUCACUGUCAUCUCUCUGGGGCCUCUGGACCCCCCCGACAGGGUUGCCAUGGUCCGCGAGGACCUGGCACUGUACGGCAAAAAGUUGGAAGAGUCCGCCUUCAACAACCAGAUGCGCCUCGUGCUUCUCAAGCGUGGCUCCCGGCAACCUUUGUACCUGAUGCUGCUGACCCAGGACCUGCGGCUCUUUGCCCUAUAUGAAAAGCUCUCGGAGAGGAUCCAGAAACUGCCCGUCUCUCUUCCGUUGCUGCUGCAGCACCUACUGGGGUGCCUCGAGCAAGAUCAUGGGCUGGAGCUGGUCGCAGUAGCCCUUGUAUCUCUCUGGGCCAGUAGAGGUGGACUAACCGAGCGAGAUCUUUAUGGCAUCCUGGCUACGUGGAAAGAACUGGACGGGACUGACAUGGACCUGGAAGAAGCCAUUCUAGCUGGGAGAUGUGCCGGAGGCUACCCCAUGGCUUCCUUCUUCGACUUCCUCCGGAGCCUGCGGGGCCUCCUGAGGGCAUGUGGUUCUCCGGCAGAAACGCCGGGCUCCCGGCUCCACCUCUACGGCACCUCUUUGAAGGCGGCUGUGGAAAAGCGAUACCUGAAAAAGCCGGGCUUGGACUGCACUGCUCACAAGCUUUUGGCAGCCCACUGGUGGAAACUCUCAGACCCAGAUGGUUCCAUGAACUUCCAGAACUGUGAGGCAGAAUCCUUGACGUCACUUCCCUAUCACCUGGUCCAAAGUGGCUCUCUCGAUGCUUUGGCUUCUCUCCUGACUGACCUGAGAGUUGUGAGUGCUCAUGUCCGGCUGCGUCUCCUCCCCUCCCUCUCAGAAGCCUAUGCGCUCUAUGAGGCUGCCGCUGGCCCGGAUGAGACCGUGGACUCUUUCCGCGACUUCUUGCAACGGAAUAGGGGCCUCCUUUCCCAGAACCCUUUGCUGCUCCUGCAACAGGCAGCCAACGAGCCAGACUCCUUGGCUCUCUGUUCCCAAGCCCAGGCUGAGCUCUGGGGGAACGGAAGACAUUUCCUGAAAUGGAGUAACAAACCCCAGGAGCCCCAAGAGAACAGGAGCCUGGUCCUGCCUCUGCCGACCACUCCGUCCAGCGUCUCUGUUUCCCCCUCUGGAAGGCUGGGUGCUGUGGGGACUGCUGAGGGAACCCUCCACCUCUUGGAUAUGGAGACCGGGCAGGAACUGAAGUCUUUGCUGAGUGCUUGUGAUGGAAUCUCGGCCUGCGUGUUCCUGUCAGAGACGUCCGUCUGUCUGGGAUCCUUCAACGGACGCUUGGAGCUUUGGAGUGUCAGGGAAGGAUGCAGGCUCAUGGGCACGGAUGCUCACAAGGCCCAGAUUACAGAUUGCUGCGUCAAUUCUGACCUCAGGCUUUUGGCUACCGUCUCAUUGGAUGGCUGCAUCAAGCUCUGGGAGUCUGCCCGUGGUCAUUUGACCCGUGAACGAGACUGUUCACUUCCCUUGAACUGUGCGAUCUUUCACCCCGUGGGUCAGCUGGUGGCCGCAGGCGGGUGGGACGGAACUGUCACCGUUCUGGACGUGAAUGACAUGAGCGUGGUGUCGGAGAUGAAAGGCCAUGACGCCUCCAUUUGUUGCAUUUCCUUCUCUUCUGCUGGCAACGUUUUGGCAGCCGGGUCUCUGGCUGGAACUGUCCGUCUCUGGUCGUGGAGGGAGGCCGUGGCUUUGUGCGCCUUCCCGGCUCACUCUGGCCGUGUCGCCGCUGCUCAGUUACUCCCUGGGGGGAAGCUUAUCACAGCUGGUGAAGACGCCAAGGUGCAGCUUUGGACAGGCCACCUGGGACAGUUCUGGAGCACCUUACAGUCCUCGGCCCUUUCCGCUGCUCUGUGCACGGCGCCUAGUCCUGACGGUAGCCGGCUUGCUGUCGGGCACCACUCCGACGACAUCUGGGUCUACGAGCAACUGUGGCGAUCUAGUGUUGGCCCGACAAGGUGCAGAGUGGACGGGGUGGCCGUCUGCAGCCUUGCUUGGUUGGACAACUGCUUUCUGGUCGGGGGCCUCAACGACGGCUCCUUCUGUGUCUUGCACUCUUCGGGCCUUCCUCCCUUACUCCUUCGUAAGCUUCAGGGUCACGACGGAGCCGUGACGGGCCUGGCGGUCUCCAAGGACUUGAUGGCGUCGACUUCAGAGGAUUUCACCGUCCGACUGUGGCGCACAGAGACCCUGAGACCCGGCCCCGCUGCGGACUCCAGCAUUUCCCCACUCAUUACUCUGCAGGGCCACACUGCUGGAGUUACCUGUUGUGCUUUCAGCCUUGAUGGUGGCUACCUUGCCACCGGAGGCAAAGACCGGGCCUUGUUUCUCUGGGACGUAAGGGACCCCUCCCAGAAGACCCCCUCCCUCUGGCGCUCCCUGCCUUUCAGCCACCAAGACUGGAUCUCCACCUGUGCUUGGGCAGGUCCCAUGUUGCUCUCCGGGUCCAAUGACUGCACCGUUUGCCUCUGGGAUCCCCAAACGGGCAAACGCCUCCGGGUGUUCCUGGGUCACCAAAGCCCCAUCUGCGGGGUCACAAGUGAGAGUGACCACGUGAUCUCCGUGGACAGGGAGGGGAUGCUGGUGGCGUGGGACCUUCAGGGAGUGGAGAAAACUCGGUUUCUGGCUCAUCUGGGUCGGGCGAACCACUGUGCUGGCUUCGAGGAUCAAAGGGGAAAAGCAUUUAUGUUGGCUGCAGCUGGUUCUGAUGGGACGGUGAACCUUUGGAAGCCCCUGAUGAUGGAGCAACCCCACAUCCUUUCUGGACACUCCGCUGCCGUUCGUGGUGCUGCGGUUUCUCCAGCAUCUUCCUCUUUCCUGACAAUAGCUGAAGACAAAACAGUCCGGCUGUGGGCCCUUCGCGGGAAGGACGGUGGCAUCCAAGGUCUCCCACAGCACUGUGGGGUCGUCACGUCUCUGGCCUGGUCCCCAGAGGGGGAGUUUGCCGUGUCCGGUGGGGAACGUGGAGAUCUGACCCUGUGGCGGGAAGGGAAGGCCGUGGCGACCGUAAAGGUCGGCUCUCGCUGCAUCAGCGCCUUGGCCUUUUCCUUCCCCCACACAGUCCUCGUAGCUUCUGAGGACAUCAGCCUCUGGGACGUUGACACCAGUGGAUGUCACGAUGGGACAGGCAGUCUGAGACAUAGGAAGGUUCUGAGGCCGGCAGCAAAAGCUUCGGUUCUCUGCGCACGGAUGACCAAGCCUGGCGGAUCUGUAGUUCUGGGUCUGACCGACGGAGACUUGUUGAUGCUUGAGCCCAAGGCCGAGGAUUUCUGGACCCCACCUACUUCACAGGGUUCGUGGAAUGAGGGUGACCAAGUACCCUUUGACAUCUCGGCAUCCGAGGAGGGCAUCCUUCACAUCUGGGACUCUAUGAAUGCCCCUCGCUUGUUCAAGAUGAGGAUGACCCAGUCGGGGAAGCUGGAGGAUGAAAAGGAGCCGGACGUCAUACCUUGGGAAACAAAAGGGCCAUCGAGCUGGGUCACCGUGGCUCGGCUAGUCAAGGAUCAGACCUUGUUCUACGCUGACUCCAAAGGAGCUCUGUGGACUCAGACCCGGCGGCAGCAGGAAGGGGUGGAGAAUCCAGGCCAGCAGUGGGAGCUUGAGAGGUGGCAGAGGAGGAAGAUCCACAAUGACAAAAUCACAGCUCUCCACAUUCUCGGAGACAAGAUUGUAACGGCGUCCCACGACCAGGAUGUGAAAAUCUGGGACAGCAGCACAAUGAAGCUGCUGGGUCAGUUCCGAUGCCGCGCCCCCGUCUCCUGCCUCGAACCUGGCCCCCAGGCAGACCCUUUGCCUCUCCUCAUGGCGGGCGACACCCUGGGCAACAUCUACUUCCUGGAGUGGAGCAGCCUCGGUGCUUGA